AUGGGAACGGAAGCGAAGCCCACGGCAAAAUUGGAGGUGAAGAUCAACCAGCGCCAGCAGCUACUAGACAGCAUUCGAGGCAAGACAGUCACGAUCCCGAAUCUGAGGCCGAUUUUUGAGAAGUAUACUGGGGCUAUCAAUCCCAAUUACCAGGCAAUGAUACCAGUAGUGGAUAGUCAUCUUGAGAGUCUGGUCCCAAACGAGAAGAGAUUAGCGAAAUUGAAGACCGCGGAUUUCGCUCUAUUUGCUUCGAAUUGGUGGCCGACCGCGGAAUUCAGAGAACUUCGAAUCGUGGCUUUCUUAGCAAUAUGGCUUUUCCUCUGGGAUGAUGCACUUGAUGAGCCAACUGGAGAAUACGCCGACAAUUUCGAAGCUGCGCAGCUUUACCGGUCUGAGACCGAGCAGUUCUUAGCCGAUUGUCUGGGUCUCAGCACCUCAAAGGAGCUCUCCACUGUUGUGACUUACCCUGCGAUCGAUAGUCUGAAGGGCUUUGGGGUGUACGUAAAGCACAUGCUGCUUGGAUACCUCCUCGAAGCGAGUUCAGAAGCAAAAAGAACAGUGGAGACCAGUGGUUUCUUCGGCAGCGUGAAAAUCCUGGGGAAGCAAGUGAAGAAAGUAGUUUUCUGGACUUUGGGUAUAAAGACCAUAAAAAAUAUGUUUCCACCGCGUUCUUCUCAUCCGAUCAUUGAGAGCUUCAGAGUCAUUGGCGAUGAACUCAAGCUCGCUUACACUAUUGAACAACGACAAAAUUUCUUUGAAGACAUGAAAUUCUACAUCGCGACCACAGAAACGGAACAGCGUUACAAGCUUGACGGUAAGAUUCCGACACUGGAGGAGUACUGGGAGGCCAGGAUGGGCACGAGUGCUGUUGCAGCCUGCUUGGCCAUGAUAGAACUGGUGCAUCAUAUCAAGGGGCCAUAUCGAUCGACGAACCAUCCAACAUUGAAGAAGCUGUCUGAUGAGUCGAACAUCAUUGUUGUAAUUGCAAACGACAUGCUAUCGUUGAAGAAAGAAAUAGUCCAAAAACAAAUAGAUAGUCUGAUUCCGCUGUCCGUCCCUGUUUAUGGCGGCGUCCAAGAAGCGAUUGACCAAGCCCACGUCGAUCUCCUAGCGGCAGUUGCUCGGUUCGAUGCGGAAGCAGAGAAGAUCUUGUCUGAGCCAAAUACCACUGGCAUGUCAGACAGCGAGCUUCGAUUGUUCGUUGAAGGCUGCAGGAAAUGCUGGGUGGGCAAUUUCAACUGGAGCCUAUGCACUGGCCGAUAUGGACUAGGCGCCAUCGACCAGAAGAACGGGAGCUUUUCGCUCUCCCUUUGA